UUCAUAGAAGUCAACGCGUUUUAAGGACCCAGCAUUACGUAGUUGCAAUAUCAUCAACAAGAAAUGCACGACCAAAAAAUAUCGUCUUGUUGUGGUUGUUUACACCAACAAACACUACUAAACAUUUGUCAUAUACGUUGGUUUUGUGCUUGAUGUCAAAUAUCAACAUAUCUUCAAAGCAACAAAAAUCAUGUAGGGAUUGAGAGUCUCUCCAAAACAAAUUUGCCAAAAAAUUCUCCUCAUCUACACCAUAUAUGCAGCAACAAAAAAAAUAAAACAAAAACAAAAACAAAAAAAUCAAAGUCGGCUAUUAGCUUUGUGUUCAUGUAGUUUUCUCUUUAGUAUGUCUCUACUCUAUCGGGAACAAGAACAAGUAUUUUCAAAGAAAUUAUUUCGUAGUACCAGACAAAUUCAGAAGCCAUUACACCUUAAGUUUUAGGUCAACGUAUUUUGUUGUCACCCCAAAUUAAUUUAAUAACAAGGCACUAAUCAAUUCUAAGCCUAACAACUCCUUCCUUAAAUUCAAAACAGCCAACAAUGUUUUCUAACAAAGUUCUUAAAACGAUUUUGCAGAGACAAUUAGCAAGAAAUAAAGCCCAAACAGAUUUCAAAUUGAAUUCCCAAAAGGUACCUAAACUUUUACAAUUAUUCCAACAAUGUCCCUCGACUCCGACUCAGCAGCAGUGUCUUCCACCAGCAGAGACUGGUACUUUCCCUCACCGCCCUUCAUCCACAGCAACUCGAACUCAACGAAAUUUCCAAAAUACCCUCGAAGAUUCCCAACAAACCCCAGGCAGUCCCAACACCUUCCUCCCGAUUAUCGGCCGCCGUUUGGCGGCGUUUCGUCUCCCAAUUCGUCGCCGCCGUUUCGCAGCGUUUCGUCCUCGACCUCGGCCCCUCAUAGAGCUUUUAGCCAUGAGAGGCUUAGACGGAGGGUCGACUUCGGUCGCCGGCGAGAGAAGCCGCAGCAAAACGACGUCAACGAGGCCAUUCCAAGCGUUUCCGACGGCGUUUCGGGAAGAAGAUCGGAGGUUUCGAGUGCGGUUUCGGGCGAUAAGUUUUUGGGAAAUGGUUUCAACGUUCGGUGGAAAAUGGCCUUUUUCGUAGCGAUUGCGACGACAGUAUUUUCAUCAGUGGUGUACCAGAAUUUCUGUUUACAUAUCCAAGUCAAUGAGUUGCAGGAACAUAUUUCCAAGCUUGAAUUUACGUUACAAGCCUACAAUUUGUCAGAUUCUACGGAGCUUAUCAGUUCCUUUGGGCAGCAGAGUGAUCUCCAUAGCAAAACUUUAAAAAGAUUAGCUCUUAUGGUCUCCCUCACACUUUUAUCUAUGCCUGUCCUAGCUUUCAAGUACAUUGAUUAUGUCUCUAGAUCAAGGUCAUCAGAAAACAUUUCAGAAGAAGUGUCUCUAAACAAACAGCUAGCAUAUCGAGUUGAUUUGUUUUUAUCAGUCCACCCAUAUUCUAAGCCAUUGGCAUUGUUAGUUGCAACUCUAUUACUUAUUUUUCUUGGUGGUUUAGCACUCUUCGGAGUGAAAGAUGAUAGCUUAGCAGAAUGCCUUUGGUUAUCGUGGACUUAUGUUGCUGAUUCUGGCAACCAUACUGACUCUGAAAAGGUUGGUGAAAGGCUUGUUUCAGUUUCCAUUAGCUUUGGCGGUAUGCUCAUAUUUGCAAUGAUGCUUGGACUUGUAUCUGAUGCAAUUUCGGAGAAGUUUGAUUCAUUGAGGAAAGGAAGAAGUAAGGUGGUUGAGCAAAACCAUACUUUAAUUCUUGGCUGGAGCGAUAAAUUGGGAUCGUUAUUGAAUCAGCUUGCAAUAGCCAAUGAGAGUUUGGGUGGAGGGAUUGUUGUAGUCAUGGCUGAGCGAGAUAAAGAGGAAAUGGAACUUGACAUUGCUAAAAUGGAGUUUAACUUCAAAGGAACAUCUGUAAUAUGCAGAAGUGGGAGCCCUCUUAUUUUGGCUGACCUGAAAAAGGUCUCUGUCUCUAAAGCCCGUGCAAUAAUCAUCCUUGCUGAAGAUGGAAAUGCUGAUCAGAGUGAUGCCCGUGCAUUGAGAACAGUUUUAAGUCUAACUGGAGUAAAAGAAGGGCUGAGAGGACAUAUUGUGGUUGAACUAAGUGAUCUUGACAAUGAGGUUCUUGUUAAACUUGUUGGUGGAGAUCUUGUUGAGACUGUUGUGGCUCAUGAUGUAAUUGGCCGUUUGAUGAUUCAAUGUGCUAGGCAGCCUGGACUUGCACAGAUAUGGGAAGAUAUCCUUGGAUUUGAAAAUUGCGAGUUCUACAUCAAAAGAUGGUCACAGUUGGAUGGCAUGCAUUUUGAGGAUGUAUUGAUCAGUUAUCCUGAUGCCAUUCCUUGUGGAAUCAAGGUUGCAUCAUUAGGUGGUAAAAUUAUUUUGAAUCCUGAUGACUCUUAUGUUCUACAAGAAGGUGAUGAAGUGCUUGUCAUAGCCGAGGAUGACGAUACCUAUGCUCCUGCACCAUUGCCUACGGUCUGGAGAGGAAGUCUACCCAAAGACUUUAUUGUUCCAAAGUCUGCAGAAAGGAUACUUUUUUGUGGUUGGCGGCGAGAUAUGGAGGAUAUGAUUAUGGUAUUGGAUGCCUUUCUAGCCCCUGGUUCAGAGCUCUGGAUGUUCAACGAGGUUGCUGAAAAGGAGAGGGAACAGAAGCUCAUUGAUGGUGGCCUUGACAUCAGCCGGUUGGUGAAUAUAACUUUAGUUAAUCGUGAGGGGAAUGCUGUCAUACGCCGUCAUUUGGAAAGCCUUCCUUUGCAAUCUUUUGAUUCGAUCUUAAUUUUGGCUGAUGAGUCUGUGGAAGACUCAGCAAUUCAAGCUGAUUCCAGAUCUCUUGCAACAUUACUUUUAAUUCGUGAUAUUCAGGCUAAGCGUCUCCCUAUGGUAACACAUGUUCAAAGAGGAAGUUUCUCACAAGGCUCAUGGAUAGGAGAAAUGCAGCAAGCUUCAGAUAAGUCAGUUAUAAUUAGUGAAAUUCUGGACCCAAGGACUAAAAAUCUAUUAUCCAUGUCAAAGAUCAGCGAUUAUGUGCUAUCGAAUGAGCUCGUAAGCAUGGCAUUGGCUAUGGUGGCUGAGGAUCGGCAAAUAAAUGAUGUGUUGGAAGAGCUGUUUGCAGAGGAGGGCAAUGAAUUGCAAAUAAGGCAAGCAGAUCUCUAUCUCCGUGAAGGUGAGGAAUUGAGCUUCUAUGAAGUACUCUUGCGAGCUCGACAGAGGAGAGAGGUCAUGAUUGGUUACCGUUUAGCCGAUGCUGAGAGAGCUGUCAUCAAUCCCCCAUCCAAAAGUAAGAGACAGAGGUGGUCAGUGAAGGAUGUUUUUGUGGUGAUUGCGGAGAAGGAAUGAAGCAUUUCUAAAUCAACAGUGAAGACAGUGUUCGAAAUUCCAUGUGAAAUCGGGGAUGGUCUUACUCUUUUCUGUUGCAAAAUGCCCAUCUGACUUUGAAGUAAGAGAAGGCGAAAAAAAAAAAAAAAAAAAAUCCUUUACAGACUCCCUGUGCCAAAAACUAAACCUCAAAGUUUUCAGAUCAAAUGGUCACUGCCAGUAGAGAUUAGUGUACUGGCUGCUGUGCAUUGUGUGUUCCCAUCGAUCAGUGAGUGCUCUACAGUAGCCGAAGCUAUGGGAUGUUGCCGUCGGAACCAGGAUGAAUUCAUAUUUGAGGGUGUUUUCCGUGUUCAACAUGUACAUGAUUUUAUUUUUGGCCAUGUUCCUAUAGUUUGAGCAAUGUUUCAUUCUAGUCCUGUAGUUUCAAUCUGGGACCUUUUGUUUAAGCCCCAUAAAUAGUUUACUAAUGUGGUAUAUAAUAACAUAAUUUUAUAAGAUCAAUAACUAAAAUAUACCAUAUGAGUUCAGGGUUUUUCAU